UGAGUACCUGUCAUUUCGCCGCAUGUUUGUGUUUGACAGUAUUGACACUUGUCCCGUGCGUUCAUAUUUGAAUUUUCUAUUGAUUAUCAACGUUAUUUUACGAUUACAUUGCGAUUUACGUGGAUAAUGAGCAUCCGUUCGAAAACUUCGAGGGCGACGGUCGUCCUUUCGCCCGAGAACAUCAUCAGACUGAGCAGCGAGCACACCAAGUCCGUGCAAAAGUUGUUCGUUUUGCGCGACAAUAUUUUCAAAUUGUUCGGCCCGCAAAUCGAAGUCGAAAGAUUGCUUACCCUAUGCUAUUUGUCUUUGGGAAUCCUCGACGACGAAGGUCGAAUAGUAGGCGCCCUGUUCGUGCAGCCCUUUCCCAACAUCAGCAGCCUGCCGGCCUCCGAAUGGACCACUUGGUUGCAAAACAAGUACGGCCUGAGCGACGUCAUCACGAAGAACACGCUCUUCAUCCACCUGGCCAUCUGCGAUCCGAUUUAUCAAAUGAUCUACUUCAAGCCGCUGUUGCAGCACUUGUUCAAGACCAUAUUGUUGCUGAAGUACGCCAUCAUCGUAGUACCGCCUGGCAGGCAGCGGCUCGAAUUCACCAUGAACAUGGGCAUACCCGUCAUAGCGCCCAAAUGCAAAAAAGGCCAAAGUACGUACUUGCUGUUGUUCUGCAGGAGUACUUUUAGUAUUGUGUAUAAGAUAAGGCGAGCUGUAGAGGAAGAUAACGACGAUUUGGUGCCCUUGAUAGCGACGUAUUCCCCUAGAUUUACCGAAUUAUAUGGAAAGUACUAUUUCGCCGAAAUAUUGAUGAACAAACAGUUAGGAAGACAUUUGAUCGUGGCCGAGUAUCAGGGAUCCGCCGUGGCGGUUCUGUGUUUGAACAAAGUGGUUAAUUACGAAGUGUUGAACGAGGAAUUCGAAUUGGUGCCCUACAACGGUUUGAAGAAACCCCAUCCGAAGGAUUACGAGGAUUUCGACUUCAACAUCGCCCAAACGAGCACCGACAAACUGAUGAAAAGCGCUAAGGAAGAAGACAUAACGGCCAUAUUCGAGAAAGGCUCGGCCGGCGAUUCGGACAAGACCGGUGACGGGGAAAUGGAAGAGGUGGUGUCGCACGUUUCCUACACCGAAUCGGACGAGUUCUCCAUCAUCUUCACGUCGGCCUCGAUGUUCGUGUUCCAGGACGACGAGGAGUCCGACGUGAGCAAAAAGGGUUCGCAGGAAUCGAGCUCGUCCAGCAGAUUGGUCUCCCAAUACAAGUCGUACGACAAGGACACGUCCGCCAAGGAGGCGGACGUCGCUUACGAAUAUCAAUCUAUUUAUUCAGCGUCCAGAAUAUAUAUGCAAAAGAUACCGGAAUUCAAAGGGGAAGAGAACGCGUUCGUGAUUGAAAUAGCGGCGGCGUUGCCGAAUCACGAAGAGGGCAUUAUGGAGUUGUUCGACGCCGCCUUCGAUUGCAUACCGGAUAGGGAUUAUUGCGUAAUGGCGGUGCCGCCCACGGUGCCGGUUAAUAAACUUACUAGAUUCUUCACUAGAGUGCCGCCCAGAGCAACGGGAACGUUUCCGUUUGAUUUGUACGUUAUGCACAGGAACGCCAUGUUGGCCAAUAUCGAAGUUGAGGAAGUUUCCAAAGAACAUGAAACGGCCGUUAAACAAUUAUUAACGACCAUACCGAAUCACAAGAAAGUCUACGAACUACUUCAGGAUUCCAUUAACGAACCGUUAACGCCCUACUCGUCGUUCGUCGCCCUGACGGACAACCAAGUCAUCGGUUUGGCGAUCGUUUCGGAGGAAAGAGACAUCGACUACCUGACGGCCCACUACGAUUUGAGCGUGAUCAAUUUGAAAAUGUACCGAUCCGGCACGCACGGCACCUUGCAGUGCCUCCUGUUGUCGCCGAUAUUCCAAAGAUACGACAAAUACUUCCUGCGGGAGAUCCACAGAAUGAGCGAAUUCGAAAUUUUGUACUACAAGCAUUCGGCGUUCGACAGUUCGGAGACGCUGAGAGACAAGCCGCUGAUGAACAUCCUGUUCGAUUUCCUGCCGAUCAUGCCGACGAUGCAGCCCCAGUACGAUAUGACGGAACUCAACGAUGCCGAAUGCGCCCCUUCGACCACGGUGAUCGAGAAAAAGGAAUCGUUCGCUCUGUACGUUUCGACAUUGCCGCUGGCCAGUCUGGAACGGAACGUGGUCAAUACGAGAAUACUCGUACUGGGCUGCAGCCAUACGGCGUUGUCGUUUCUCAAAGCGCUGUUGCUCAAACAGAGCCCGAAUCAUAUGGUGACGUUCAACAGCGUGACGCUCUUGUGCAGCGUAGGCUUGAUCCAUACGAGGGUCAAUCCGCGCAUCAGGGAGAUGUUUUUGGUGAAGAAAAACUUUUUGGACGCCAGGCAUAUGGAUUGCAUAAGUUUGAAAACGUACGUGAAUUUCAUUCAGGGAAAAAUAACCAAACUGGAGAGGAGAGACAAGUACAUCGUGAUCAACGGUACGCAAUUCGUCGAUUACGAUACGUUGGUGUUGAUGUGCGGCGAACAAUUCCAAAGGAUAACCAGAGGCACAAACAUGGGCCAAAUUCGACCGGACAACGUGAUGUACCUGAACAACGUGCUGGAAGCGAACAACGCCAUUUUGAAGCUGAAACAGCUGUACCACAAGCACAACUCCAACAAUUAUAAAAUCAUCAUCUACGGUCAUUUUCUUCAAGCGCACACGGCCAUAAGCGGACUGAUCAAUUACGGCGUCCCGGCCUACCAUUUGGUCUUGAUCGAACCCUUUCCCUAUAUUAUGUCGUUGGAAAAGAAGCAGAGACCCAACGUGUCCAUUUACAACGAUCCGGACAUCGACGACGUCGUCUAUGAACAUAUUAGCAACGCAGGAGUCAAGAUCUACCAAUCCUACUAUUUCAUCGAUUGGCAAUACGACGAAGAGACCAAUCUGAUAACGAGCGCGAAGUUCGAAUCGAAGCACAAGAUGCUCGAGCAAGAGUGCCUGGCGAUGUUCAUGUUCCACGAGAAGGAGAUCAGUCCGAGAAUGUACAAGGUGUUGAACAGCGCCGGGCUGGUGUACGACGGGCGGCUGGUGAUCAGCGCCGAAUGCCAAACGAACGAUCCGAACAUAUUCGCGGCCGGCACUCUGACGAAGUACUCGCGGAAGUACCACGGGCCCACUAUGACGCACAAGUUUUACAGCCGCGUGGAGGUGGGCAGGCGAUUGGGCAUACAGAUCAGGAAUAUGCUGAUACAACAGAAGGUGAGAAAAUGGAGCCAGGAAUCGGCCGUGGGAUGGAACUUUCACAUCGAAAGAGGCGAUUUGGUCGUGCCGAGGUACCAAGAUCCGUUGAUGAGGUACUGUCGAUUGCCGGGCGGUAUUUACUAUCUGUCGAUCGUCAAGCCGGGCAAGAGGAUGCCGUUGGAGACGGCCGUUAGCAUGGAGCACUACGGGCAAGUACUUAUCACCGGCACGUGUAAGAACAUCGCCAAGCAAGGGUACUUUAGAUUGCACUUGAAUCAAUACAAAAGGGUCGAAACUAUAACGUGUCUUCACGUACAACCGAUAGACUAUUACAAUUUGUACUGCCUGUGGGGGAAGCACGAGAAGUUGUUGAACAAUUUGAUGUUGCGUUUCGAGAUGGUGUUGAUAACGGAUCUGUUCGAAUAUUUCAAACAGCCUUGGGUGUAUGCCAUUUAUCACGAGAAAUUCAACAACCUAAUGGACGAAUUGAACAUGCUAAUGACGUCGUCUAUAGGCUCCUCCGAGGAAUCGAUAAUAAACGUGCUCAUUAAUCUCUACAAGAAGAACAAAUGGCGGCCUUUGCCGAAAGAAGACAAGGAAUAUUUGGAAAAGACGUUCCGCGCUUUGGGCUAUUCCCGCAUAAUCGAGCAAAAAGUAUUGAAAUUCAUCAAAGCGAACAUGCAACAUUUGCCGAUGUACGCGCAUCCCACGAUCGUUAGAAAACUAUUAGAUAAUUUCAAUUUGAGCUCCUUAUUUACCGAAUAAAGCUUUCUAUACACUAAUUGUCAAGUAUUUGCGUAUUGCCAACAUAAAGAUUACUAUUUUUAACACUCGUACCAACUUGAAAUGCCUAUAUUUAGUCA